AUGAGUCAAGCAAAAACUCCAAAUGAUUCAGAAGAACAUCUUCCCUCAAUUCCACCACCCCCUUAUGAGGAAGAAGCCCUGACACCAUCCACAGCAUAUAAUAAUACAAAUAACAGUAAUAUUAAUAUAGCGCAUGACCAAGAGAGAAUAGUGUUGCCAACACCGUCUGCUGAUUUAGCACAUUUACCAAUACCUUCUGCACCUUUAGCUGAAGACUUGUUAUUCGAACAGGAACAGGAACCACUUCCACCUCGAUCACCUCCUUCACAACAAACCAAUAUUCAAAAUGCACAAAGCGAGGCAAUGCAAGGAAUGCAACUAGCAACAAAACCUGAAAAAUCAGAUGAACAUUCAUAUUGCAAGCUAUUAGCAAAUAAAUAUAAUUGGCUCUCUUUGUUCUGGCUAAUAUUAAUUAAUUUUCCUAUAUCAAUUUUUGCGAUAGUAUGGAUAUUCACCACGUUUACGGUAUCUCUCAUCUUGAUAAUGAUACCACCAUUAGGAUAUAUUUCAAUGAUAGGGUCGAUAUGGACUUGGCGAGCAAUCGCAUCAUUCGAACUCAUAAUGAUUCGCGUUUUCGAUCCAAAACCCAAAAUAGAACGACCUUCUCUUCCACCAAUAAUAAUCAAACGUCAACCAAGCCAAUCAUUCGUGGGUCACUAUCUAUCAUUAUUAUUCGAUCGAUACACAGCUAAAUUAAUUCUUUAUUAUCUCCUGAAACCAUGGGUAGCAGGUUUUUUGGUGCUAUUGUCGAUAGGAUUGUUUAGUUUAGGGUGUGCGUGUCUAAUGUUGCCUUUUUUUAUGAACACUUUUGGCAAAUUGGCAAUGUUUGGAGCUUGCAUGUUCGAGACAACUCUGUGUCAAAAAAAAGAGAAUAAGGAACAAAUGAAUGAGGUUGUCUAA